GAUUGACUGGAAACAUGUCGGUGUGGUGGUGGGAGCGACCCGGGAUGCAGCUGCUGGCAAGGGAGACGGGGAGUACCUGUACCCAAUCCACACAGCAUCACCUUUAACAUUAUUAUAUGACGAUGCUUUAAUUUAAUGGAUCCGUUUAUGUUAUUAUGAUGCGUUGGUUUUUUAUUUGAAAUGAAUAAACAACGCUCAAUGGAUUUAUUACCUGAGGCUUGAUCGGUUGUGUUGUGAUGUUUGUUUCUGUUGUGGAGGUAGCCUACGCUAUCUGCGGAUUGUGUUUGAUGAUAUAGCCCUCAGCAUCAGUACCAGGUUCAAUCAGAAACACCUUGAUGAACCACCACCAGGAAAUACAAGGACUGUUGCAAUGGAGUCGCCUUUCACAUAGAUCACAUCUCAUCUGUAAACCAAUGUACAUAAUAUAAUAUACCACCACGUUUGCUCGCGUUUCGCAGGUCGCUUUAUUUCAUGGAGUUUUUUCCACCUUUAUUUUCUGAGUAUAUAUUUGUUUGAAGUACACAUAAAUAAACGACCACAGCUCGCAAGCAAUGGACGAGAAGAAUAUGACAAAAAACGACGAGCAGCGUCUGAGUUUGCAAAAAGCCUUGCAACAGUGCGAGUUGGUGCAAAAUAUGAUAGACAUAAGCAUUUCCAGCUUGGAGGGAUUGAGGACCAAAUGUGCCACAUCUAACGACUUGACACAGAAAGAAAUACGAACGCUGGAGGGAAAGCUGGUGAAGUACUUCAGUCGCCAGCUGUCCUGUAAGGUGAGAGUGGCCUUACAGGAGGACACCACCGAGCUCCAGGACUUCCCUCGUCUGGGACACUGGUUCCGCAUCGUCAACCUGAGGAAGGAGGUCACUGAGGAGAUGGGUCCAGGCGAGGUGACUCUAGAGGGGCUGUUGGAGAUGAGUGAUGAGGAGGUGUGUGAGGCCAUGGAGAAGUUUGGAGCCAACGACGAGGAGUGUGCCCGGCUCAAUGCCUCUCUGACCUGCCUAAGGAGGGCCCACAAGUCAGAACAACUUGAGGAUGAGACAUUGCCCAAUAACGGAGCAGGCAGCCAUGCCAAACAGGACUGGUCCAUCCAGUGGCCCACCUCCGAGUCCGGCAAGGAGAACACUCCCUUCCCCUCUCCAGAACCCAGCCAGUGGGUCCGCUUCCAGCUCUCCCAAAGCCCAAAGGUCCAGGCCAAGUACAAGCAGCAGCACCACAGCCAAUAUCACAGCCCCCAGGCCUUGCUACCCUAUCCAUACGGCCCCUAUGUCCAGCCAGACCGCCUCACUGUGGACAGCCACCUGGGGCUGGGGGCCUUUCCCCCCAUGGACACGGGCCACCGCUCCCUGCCCCCUUCGCCCCGCCAGAGGCACUUUGCCCACACCCCUCCCCGAACUCCUCUGGUGGUCAACAGCAUGACCCCCCCGGGCACGCCCCCCAUGAGGCGCAGGAACAAGGUGAAGGCUCCCGGGACGCCCCCACCCCCCAGCCGAAAGCUCAUCCACCUGCUGCCAGGCUUCACCGCGCUGCACCGAUCUAAGUCACACGAGUUCCAGCUGGGAAAUCGCAUAGGUCUGGAAGCAGCUGACAUUCAGACACCCAAAGUGAAGCAGAAGAAGUCCAAGCCUCAGCACCUGAAGAUCAACAGUAGUAUGGGGAGCUGUGAGAACCUGCCUACCCAGCGUUCACCCCUACACUCCUCCGACCAUCGCUCCCUCCGUUCCUUUUUCUUCCCCACCUUCAUGCCCUCCACUCCCCCAGUCUACUCCGAUGCAAACACUCUCUCAGUGCCUCGCUGGUCCCCACAGAUCCCCCAGAGAGACCUGGGAAACUCCAUAAAACACCGGUUUUCCACCAAGUAUUGGAUGUCUCAGACAUGCAUAGUAUGUGGGAAAGGAAUGUUGUUUGGACUCAAAUGUAAAAACUGCAAGCUGAAGUGCCAUAACAAAUGCACCAAAGAAGCCCCGCCUUGCCAUUUGCUGAUCAUCCAGCGAGGAGGGAGUAACCCCCUCAAAGAUCACCAAGGAAAUCAAGCUCGUUUGGUACGGACUGAAUCGGUACCAUGUGACAUCAACAACCCCCUCAGGUACACAGACCUGCACAUCAGUCAGACGCUGCCCAAAACCAGCAAAAUCAACAAGGAUCACAUACCUGUCCCGUACCAGCCAGACUCCAGUAGUAACCCCUCCUCCACCACCUCCUCCACUCCUUCCUCCCCCGUUCCCCCCCUCCCCUCCAGUGCCACCCCUCCCUCCCCCCUGCACCCCUCCCCACAGUCGGCACGGCUACAGAAACAGUUCAGUUUAACAGCCUCUUCUUACUUCAAAUACAAGCAGCAGUUCAUCUUCCCAGAUGUGGCCCUGGCCCCAGAGGCCCCCAGCAGGGCACCCCAGGUCAUCCUGCACCCUGUCCUGUCUGAGCCGGGAGUCGAGAGGAACCCUUUAAACCCUUUACUACAGAUUGAAGUGGAACCUACAUCAGACAACGAUGAGGUGGAGGAUUCUGAGGAUGAAUUUGAGGAGAUGAACCUGUCUCUGCUGUCGGCCCGUAACUUCCCCCGCAAGGCCAGCCAGACAUCCAUCUACCUCCAGGAGUGGGACAUCCCCUUCAAACAGCUGGAGAUCGGAGAACUCAUCGGGAAAGGUCGCUUCGGGCUAGUGUUCCACGGGCGCUGGCAUGGUGAGGUGGCCAUCCGCCUCAUCGACAUCGAGCGGGACAACGAGGACCAGCUGAAGGCCUUCAAGCGGGAGGUGAUGGCCUACCGUAACACCCGACAUGAGAACGUAGUCCUCUUCAUGGGUGUCUGCAUGAGCCCCCCACACCUGGCCAUCAUCACCAGCUUGUGUAAGGGAAGGACCCUGUAUUCGGUGGUGAGGGAUGCCAAAGUCAUCCUGGAUGUCAACAAGACCAGACAGAUCGCCCAGGAGAUGGUUAAGGGAAUGGGCUAUCUUCACGCCAAGGGGAUCCUACACAAGGACAUGAAGUCCAAGAAUGUUUUCUAUGACAACGGCAAAGUGGUCAUCACCGACUUCGGACUCUUCACCAUAUCUGGGGUUCUGCAAGCCGGCAGCCGUAGAGAGGACAAGCUGAGGAUCCCCAGUGGAUGGUUGUGUCACCUGGCCCCUGAAAUAGUCUCUCAGCUCUCCCCGGAAACAGAGGAGGACAAGCUGCCUUUCUCCAAACAGUCAGACGUCUUUGCUUUCGGCACUAUCUGGUACGAGUUGCAUGCACGUGAGUGGCCUUAUAAGAACCAGCCAGCAGAAGUUAUCAUCUGGCAGGUGGGCAGCGGAAUGAAACCCAAUCUCACACAGAUCGGCAUGGGCAAAGAGAUAUCGGACAUCCUGCUUUUCUGCUGGGCGUUCGAGCAAGAAGAGAGGCCCAGUUUCUCCAAGCUGGUGGAUCUGCUGGAAAAGUUGCCAAAACGGAACCGCCGCCUUUCCCACCCAGGGCACUUCUGGAAGUCAGCUGAGUGCAGUUGACCGUGACCCUCUGAGCCUAGACUUCUCAACGUCCUCUGAACUCCUAUUUUGGGUUUAUUGUUUAAUCACAUGGAAGAUGUGUUUUAUUUCAUUACUCAAAUGACCUGUUCAGUUUGUUGGUUGGUUUCUUUAUUCUGGAAUGUAUUUUUCUCAAUGUCACUUGUUUUAAUUAGAGUUUUUUUUGUGUCAUGUCUCACUUCAUUGUGUACGGAAAAUGCAUCAGAAUGAACUAGUUUUUAGAAUGAAUGUAAUUAUGUAAUGAAUUGUGAAAUUUAAAUUUUUAAGUAAUUGUUUUGCCAUUUCCUGUCUGUCAACUGUUUUUGUCAUUUGUCAGUGUACCUCAUGGUCUCUUGUGUUUGUGUUCUCCACAUGUUAGUCUCAAAGCUUUAUUUUAAAGUCAUUAUUCACUAUUGAAUGUGAAGACUCCACUGGUAGGAAACUGUUCUGUGCUUUGAUUAUUGCCUGUGAACACUGUUGAGGAUGCGUAAAAAAAAAUGGCAUCCUAUUCCCUACACGGACCUGUCAAAAACGUCAAAGGUAGUGCACUAGAUGGGAAAUAGGGUGCGAGAUGUUUGAACAACAGCCUUUUUUCUCAGCUCUGGGUCAUUCAGUAGAAGACCUAGACUGACUGACUAGAAAUCUCUCACACUAAUGUGAAAACGCUGACACUUCAAAUGUAUCUCAUUACUUAGUAGAAAUGUGCUUCAACACCUUGGACAAAUGCUGUCACUGACAAGUAGGUGUAUAGUGGUUACUUUUAUGUUUUAACGCAGAAAAGGAAAACAAAAAACAAAAAGGAGAUGUAUAGCCAGCUCGCUAAGGUCACUACCUACGUACGUUAAUGAUGACACAAUCGAUUCACUUCAGGAAUUUGUCAGCCCUAUAAUUGAUAAGCACUUUCUGAACAGACACCAUAACAGACACCAUCUAGUAACAUGACUCUGUCCAUGACCUGGCCUUUUCUAUCAUAUAUUUCACAGCGAUAUUUGAAAUCUAAGCAAGCUAGAGUGCAGUCAGAUUGUGUCUCAGUAAGAACUGUGAAGCUACUGCCAUGGGCUCUGUACAGCCAUGGCUUAGAUGCAGACAAUCCAAUCCUGUAUAAAGCCCUUUCUACAACACUAUAUUAUACAGUCAAAUAUGUUGGAAAUGCAUACAAACAAAUUGCUGCUGUUUUUUUGGAGUACAUCUGUCUAUUUUGGAAUUACUGGAAAUCAGAUAUUGUACGUGGGUCAUUUAUAUUUGUACUGUUUACAACUUUUAAGUGCAUGAAAUGGACUACAAAGGAUCUAUUGUCGUUAUUACGAUACAAAGUUGACUCUUUCAGCUCUGCAGUAAGUAUAUGAUCCCUGGGGUAUUUUCUGAUGGAACGGUUGUCAGCGUAGGAUCACCAACCAAUACAACAGUUAGUGAGACGAUACAGCCUGCUUUGUAAAAAAAAGGAAAUGUUCAAAGCGAUGUUUAAGAGAAUGAUUGUAAUAUUAUAUUUGCACAGUAUAAUCGUGAAGAGAAAUAACUAAUUGUGCUGGAAAAAAAACAAAUCAACAGAAAAACCAAUCAACAUUUAGUGAAAAAUGUACAGUGGCUUGUGAAUGUAUUCACCCCCUUGGCAUUAUACCUGUUUUGUUGCCUUAUAACCUGGAAUUCAAAUGGAUUUCUGGGGGGUUUGUAUCAUUUGAUUUACACAACUUGCCUACCACUUUGAAGAUGCAAAAUAUUUUUUCUUAUGAAACAAACAAGAAAUUAGACAAAAAAAUUGUGAAAACUUGAGUGUGCAUAACUAUUCACAUCCCCCAAAUUCAAUACUUUGUAGAGCCACCUUUUGCAGCAAUUACAGCUGCAAGUCUCUUGGGGUAUGUCCCCAUAAGCUUGGCACAUCUAGCCACUGGGAUUUUUGCUCAUUCUUCAAGGCAAACCUGUUCCAGCUCAUUCAAGUUGGAUGGGUUCUAUUGGUGUACAGCAAUCUUUAAGUUAUAGCACAGAUUCUCAAUUGGAUUGAGGUCUGGGAAUGGCCUAGUCAAAGCCAAUACAUUUAAAUGUUUCCCCUUAAACCACUCAAGUGUUGCUUUAGCAGUAUGCUUAGGGUCAUUGUCCUGCUGGAAGGUGAACCUCCGUCCCAAUCUCAAAUCUCUGGAAGACUGAAACAGGUUUUCCUCAAGAAUUUUCCUGUAUUUAGCACAAUCCAUCAUUUCUUAUAUUCUGACCGGUUUCCCUGUCCCUGCCGAUGAAAAACCUCUCCAUUAUGCUGCCACCGCCAUGCUUCACUGUCGGGAUGAUGUUCUCGGGGUGAUGUGAGGUGUUGGGUUUGCACCAGACAUAGCGUUUUCCUUGAUGGACAAAAAGCUCAAUUUUAGUCUCAUCUGACCAGAGUAUCUUCUUCCAUAUGUUUGGAGAGUCUCCCACAUGCCUUUUGGCGAACAAAAAACGUGUUUGCUUAUUUCUUUCAUUAAGUAUUGGCUUUUUUCUGGACACUCUUUCGUAAAGCCCAGCUCUGUGGAGUGUACGGCUUAAAGUGAUCCUAUGGACAGAUACUCCAAUCUCCGCUGUGGAGCUUUGCAGCUCCUUCAGGGUUAUCUUUGGUCUCUUUGUUGCCUCUGAUUAAUGCCCUCCUUGCCUGGUCCGUGAGUUUUGUUGGGCAGCCCUCUCUUGGAAGGUUUGUUGUGGUGCCAUAUUCUUUCCAAUUUUUAAUAAUGGAUUUAAUGGGGCUCCGUGGUAUGUUCAAAGUCUCUGAUAUUUUUUUUAUAACUCAACCCUGAUCUAUAGUUCUCCACAACUUUGUCCCUGACCUGUUUGGAGAGCUCAUUGGUCUUCAUGGUGCCACUUGCUUGUUGGUGCCCCUUGCUUAGUGGUGUUGCAGACUCUGGGGCUUUUCAGAAC